AUGAGGAGCCAGAGGAGGAGCCAGAAUAGGAGCCAGAGGAGGAGCCAGAGGAGGAGCCAGAGGAGGCCACAUGAGGAGCCAGAGGAGGCGCCAAAGGAGGAGCCAGAGGAGGCAGAUGAGGAGCCAGAGGAAGCAGAGGAGGCAGAGGAGGAGCCAGAGGAGGAACCAGAGGAGGCAGAGGAGGAGGAGCCAGAAGCGACAGAGGAGGAGCCAGAGGAGCCAGAGGAGUCAGAGGAGGAGGAGCCAGAAGCGACAGAGGAGGAGCCAGAGGAGCCAGAGGAGUCAGAGGAGGAGGAGCCAGAGGAGGAGCCACAUGAGGAGCCAGAGGAGGAGCCAGAGGAGGAGCCAGAAUAG